UAUAAAUAUAUAAUUAUUUUUCUUUCUAAAAGCCUGCAGCUGAGAGGAAACUGCUUUGUUCUCUGAUCCACGGCUUCGCUUCACAAGCUUCGUUGGUGUUGGAAUUGCUGUGAAUUCGUUCUAGGGCACCGAAUUUGGUGAGCGCGUGUCCGAUCAAUCCAAGGUCGGGAUCCAACACUCCUAGGUGAUUGGACGGAUAGUCAACUCAGAUGCCGGAGGACGAUUUAAUUGACAUUAAGUUCAGGCUCUACGAUGGCUCUGAUAUUGGACCCUUUCGAUACUCCUCGGCAUCCACAAUAGAUGUGCUUAAGCAGAGAAUAGUGUMCGAUUGGCCUAAAGGCAAAACAAUCACUCCGAAGGCAGCCAGUGAAGUAAAACUGAUAAGUUCUGGUAAAAUUUUGGAAAAUAACAAGACUGUUGGUCAGUGUAAAUUACCUUUUGGUGAGUUCACGGGAGGAGUCACUAUAAUGCACGUUGUUGUACAGCCAUCCAUCGCAAAAGCUAAAACAGAUAAAAAGACUGACAAUUCACAGCAGAAGAUMGUCUGCUCCUGUUCCAUACUUUGAAACACAACACCAGUGAUAUGAUUCAUUUGGUACAGGAGAAGCUAGAAGAAGAGAGCUACAGCUAAUUAUAAAAUUAUAGAUUACGAGUGGCAUUCUUAGGGGAUAUUGCCCAAGCACCAAGGUGAUGAGGAUAAUUUUGGAAAGUCAUUAAAAAUUAAUUUACUUUUCACAUGUUAAUAAAAAGGAAAAUGUUGUGAAUGCCUUUAUUUUGUGAAAAGGGAAACGUUGUUUUUUUAUUUGACAUGCCGUGGCGACAGCUGGGAGGCGUAUAGGUAUAGAUUGCGCGGAGGCUGCAAAUAGUGAAAAACGGAUAUUGUUACAUUUUAAAUGGAAACUCAAUUCUCCUUCUCCAACAAAAA